AUGGCCCAAGCAUCCUCCGUCAAAUUCACGUCCCUGGGGGCGAUCAUCCAGGAAUUGAACGUCGCCGGCCAAAACAUCGUGCUGGGCUUCGCCAAGAAGGAACACUACGAGAAAUACAACGCCCCCUGGUUCGGCGCGACGAUCGGUCGCGUGGCCAACCGCAUCAGGGAUGGCAAGAUCAACAGCCUCAACAACCAAGCGUACGAGCUGGAAACCAACGACGCCCCGAAUGCGUUGCACGGCGGCAGCCAAGGCUGGGGUCGACGCGACUUCGAGGGUCCCUUCCUGGUUCGGCGGAACGGCAAAGAUGCCCUGCUGUAUACCUACCGCAGCGAGCACCUCGAGGCAGGAUAUCCCGGCACGGUGGAGUUGAGGGUCUUCUAUACGACGGACGAGGAGGCGGACGGGAACGUCACCCGGACGGUGCUGUCCAUGGAAUACGAAGUCGAAUUGGUGGGCGACGAGUGUGACGAGACGGUGAUCAACGUGACCAACCACAGUUAUUUCAACCUCAGCGGCGACGAGACCGUGGACGGAACCUCGGCAAAACUUGCGACCCAGAAUUAUCUGCCGCUGGACAAGACCGGUAUCCCCUCCGGCACGAUCGAGGCCUAUCCCCGCGGAGUUACCGAGCCAUUCACCAUCGGACCGAAUCUGCCGGCGUUCGACGACGUGUUUGUCAUGGACCGCGAUGUCGCCAGUAUCCGCCUGGACACGCGCGAGCAGCCACUGAGACUGCUGGCCGAAUUCCGCCAUCCGGGAUCGCACAUCAACCUGCAGGUUCACAGUACCGAACCGGCGUUCCAGUUCUAUACCGGCCAAGGCACCGACGUGCCUGCCGUGGAGGGAAAUCCUGCCCGCAAGCCCUUCUCGGGAUUCUGCAUCGAGCCCAGUCGCUUUGUCAAUGCGAUCAACGAGCCGGAUUGGCGCCACAUGGUGGUCUUGAAGAAGGGCGAGAAAUACGGUAGCAAGGUCGUGUACAAGGCCUGGAAAGACGCGCAAUAA